UGUGCUGCGAUUCCGGCCAUUUGAAUGAGCUGUAGCUUCGGGUUCGCGGUGUUUCUCCGGAGUUUAUUUUACUAUUAUUAUAAUAAUAACAAUUUCAACACUACACUGCAGCAUGAAUAUAGUAGCCGGUGCCGUAUAAAGCUGAGUGUUUCAUCUGCGUGUGUUUACAACAAAACCGUUCAAGUUCAACUUUAGUAAAGCGGACCUGUCUUGACUUGUUGGAAUCUGCAUGGACUAACAUGAAAAGCCUAAAAGCAAAGUUCAGGAAGACUGAUACCAACGAAUGGAGCAAAAAUGACGAGCGUCUCCUGAGUGCUGUGGAACAUGGAGAGGCGGAGAAGGUCACCUCGCUCCUGGCCAAGAAAGGAGCCAGUGCCACCAAACUGGAUGGCGAGGGCAAGUCUGCUCUGCAUGUUGCAGUGACGCGUGGUCAGGCCGAAUGUCUCGCCAUCAUCCUUGCCCAUGGAGCUGAUGUGUCUGUAGUGGACGCUUCAGGUUUUAGUGCUUUACACCUUGCUGCCAAAAACAACUAUCAGGAAUGUGCCAAAAAACUCAUACAGAGUAAAUGUGUUAUAGAUGCUCUGGACAGCAGCGGGAGGACUGCACUUCAUCAUGCAGCUGCAAAUGGAAAUGUUGUCAUUGUUCAACUCCUGUGUGAGCACAAGUGUCCUGUGAAUAUAAAGGAUAUGGAUGGAUCCACACCCCUGCUUCUGUCAGCGAGAUAUGCCCAUACAGAGGUCUGUGGAAUCCUGCUGGACUGGGGAGCCAACAUCAACACCUGUGAUCGGAAUGGCAGGAGUGCUGUCAUGCUGGCAGGAGAGAGCAGCUGCGUGGCAACCGUGGAUCUUCUCGUGCAAAGGGGAGCCGAUCUACACCUGCUUGACUCACUAGGACAUGAUGUGCUGCAUUAUGCCAAGCUGUCAGGCAGCACGGAAGUUUGCGCAGUCAUCAACACUGCCCUGCAGCGCCACCUGGCCGAGUCAGAUAAGAGCUCCCCCAGAAGUCAGCAGCAUGAACCCACGACUAAGCUAAACGACGAGAGAAGCACAACCCCAAAAAAACGAAAAGCACCCCCUCCUCCUAUUAGCCCUGUGCAGCUGCUGGAUGCUGUGUCUCCACCGUAUGUGACCCCGAAUGAAACUCCAGUGUCGAGUAAAAGUGGCCAGAGGUUCAAUUACAAGGAGGAAGAACUGAGGAGUCUGUCACUUUUGAGAGAAGAGAUCGAGAAGCUCCAGGAAGAGAAGAGCAUGCUGCUGGAGACCAUUGAAGAUCUGAAGCAGAUUAAGGAGCAGACUGAGCCCAAGGCUGAAUGCAGCGGAAACUCGGCACUGCUUGCAGCCCUUCAAGCCAAGGUUGCCUCUCUCUCACUGGAGAACCAGCAGCUUGCUCAGAUCAUCAAGAAGCGUCCACCCCCUCAAGGUGAAGAAGGCAAGGAGGACUCGCGCCCAAACAGUUUUGACUCCAACACAUCAUACCAUUCAACUCAUGCAGAAUUCGAUCAAUCCAGUGAGCAGGAGCUUUUUGAGAGCUCAGCCUUAAAGCAUGAAGGAGUGAGUGAGCCCACCAAGGCAGUGCAUCAGGAUGAAAUCACAUUGCUUAGGAAUGAACUGCAGAGCCUACAAAUUGAACUGGAUGAGUCGAAGCUGGAGAACUGCUCCCUGAGGGCCAGACUCGAGAUUAACCCAAGGGAAAUCGGAAAUGAAGGUCUGUCAGAAUGCAUGGCUGAGCUCAAGGCCAAGUUGGCAGACAUGCAGAAAAAAUACCAGGAAGUGUUAUUAGAGCUAGAAUCCCUCCGGAUGGAGCGGGUGAGAGUGGCACCUACAGGAUCUCCAAGCCAAGAUGAUCAAGUAUUACAAAAGUUUCAGUAUUUAAAAGGCUGUCUUGAGCAGGAGGUAAAAGAUCUGAAGACAAAGCUGGACAACUUGCAGGAAGAGAAGGUGCAUGAUGCUCAGUUAAUAAAAAAACUGGAGGCUAGGCUUGAGAGUGAGAGUCGUCGGAUUAAUGAGGAUGAAUGUCAGGACCUAAAAAACUCUUACAGCAUCCUGGUGGAGAACAUCAACCAGGAGAAGGCACUGUUGAUUGAGAAGUACGAGGAGGCACAGGAUGAGAUUAAGAUGCUUCAGGAAGCCCUGCGUGGCACGGUGUCUGUCGAGGCUGCUGCUAAAGACUUUGAUGAGAUGAAGGCAGAGAUGGGUGGGGUUAUUGAUGGACUCCAAAAGCGCCUGCUAGAGCUCUCGAAAUCCUACAGUGAGGCGAAAAAUGAACUUGCCGAAACUCGAAGCCAGCUCCAGGCCAAAGCCUUGGAGAUUAAGCAGCUAUCACAGGCGGUUUGUUUGACUAAAGAGCAGCAUGAGGAAAAAUUGCAAAAGCUGAAACUUAAGUUUGAGGAUGUGCAGAAUUUGUCAAAGGACACUGAAGUUAGGUAUCAGUCAGCACUGAAAGAGAUUUCACAACUCAAACAGGAUGCAGAAGUUCAGGCCAAGUCGUCAGUGACCAUUGCAGACCAUACCCGGGUCAUGGCCUCAUUAGGAAAUGCCAUUAAGAGUUUAGAAUCCGAAGUGGAUGCCCUUAAAGAACAGCUCACACAGAAGACCUCGCAGCUGGAUGACCUGCUAAAUGGACCUACUGUGGGUAAGAACCUGACUCCAAAUGAAUGUGUUUCUAAACUGGAAAAUGAGCAGAUGAGAGAGUCCCUAGAGGGCAAGAUCAAUCACGUCACACAGCUUCUUCAGGAUGCUCUGAGGAAGCAGGAUGAGAUGGCACUAGAGGUGACUGCCGCAUGGCAGGAGGUGAAGGAUGGCAAGAACGAGAAAGAGGCAGCACAGAAGCUUGCUGUAGCAAGAGAGCAGGAGAAUAAUGUGCUGAGUGGGAAAUGCAGAGAGGGCCAGGAAGCCAUUAUGCAGCUUAAAAAGCAGGUGGAAAACCAUGUUAACUCUGAGAGGGAGAAGAAUAAAAAGAUCGACGAUCUAUCAAAAGAGGUGGGGAAGUUGAAAGAGGCCUUGAACAGCUUGUCCCAGCUCUCAUAUACGACAAGCAGCCCGAAAAGCAGACAGCAGAGCCAGCAAGUCGAUUCUCUCCAACAGCAGAUCAAGCAGCUGCAGUACCAACUGGCUGAGUCUAAAAAGAGGCAUCAUGAAAUUGUUUCUGUGUACCGAAUGCACCUCCUGUACGCCGUUCAGGGUCAGAUGGAUGAAGAUGUACAAAAUGCCCUUAAACAAAUCCUGGUUAUGUGUAAAAUACCAUCGGAGGAAAAAUGACAGCGGUGUUGUUUUUCUGCCUAAAUAACAGUGGUUAAAGGAAACUUGCACUUGUUUAGAGAAUUUGUCUGGAUUAAAAGGACUGAAUCAUCAGUCCUUCCUACAUCUAUGGAAAAAUAAAAGGAAGAAUGAUGUAAGGUUAUCAGUUGUUCUUUUGUUACAGCAAGCACUUGGUUAUAAAAGCAUCAGACAAUCAAAUAAAGAAUAAAGCAGUAAAAUUGAGAAUGCAUGUUAUAAUUGGAAUUAUUUUUGUGUGCAUUAAGACAUUGUAAUAAGGAACGUUCAGCAUAGUUCAUGUUUAAGUUAUUUCGUUUGUUUAAAAUACAGCAGAGAUCUGAAAUGUUAACUUGUUGAGAGGGUGGAGCUUAUGUUAUUCAAUCAGCCAUCAUAUUUUUCAUUUUCAUGUGCAUAGCUCAGAUUUGGUAUAAAACACCUUUAAUAGAUAAUUUUAUAGUAAUAUUAUCUACAUAGUGAAGCACAAAACAUACAACUGUUUUUUUUUUUAAUAGAAACAUUGAACUAGCAGGUGGGGAUGGGUAUCAUUAUGGUUUACAUUGCACAUAUCUUUAGCUGAAUUUUUUCGGCUCCUUGGUAUAUUUAUGUGAACAUACAGUAUUUACCACAAUGUCAUUUAACUUGUUCGGUAUAUACAGUAUUCAUAAAUAAAAAUGUAUAAAAGCCAAAAUAAAACUGGCAACCUUUAUAUAAACAGAUGGCUACUCGUCCCCCUGAACCACUAAUUAAGUUUAGAAUUUGAUUUAGUUAGCUAUCUUUAGCUGCAACCUAAAAUACAUUCAAACAAUAUCUAAACUGACUACAUGAGAUUCCCUGUCACCCACAACACCCAUCACAGUUGUGUUAAAUUUGCUGAACAUUACCUGCUAAUAUCCCUGUCAUAGAGCCAGUAAAUGAAUGAGCGGACAAUGGCUGUAGUCUGUUUCUCUUGCAGUCAAACACAAAGCAACUUUCUGCUUCUAAAUUUAUUCCACAUACAUUCAGGUGUUUUAUUAAUCUUAUCCUAUUGUCAAUCUGGAAAGCGAUGUCCUUUUUGUACAUAUUGCAAUGUGUACUGAUAAGAUCAAGGAUAAAACAUUUUCCCUAUUUUUGCUUUUUUGGCUUUGAUUUUUUUUUUUUACACCUACCAUGUGAUGUAUAUCAUAGUUAAGCCUCUCGCACUACAACAUACAUGUGAGCCUUUUCUCUGGGCGUUGUAAUAACCAUGCUGCAUGCUUACUGACUCACCGACACUGAUGACAUUUACUCCUUAGGUAUGAA